AUGCAAAUCUUUGUUAAAACACUUACCGGAAAGACCAUUACUCUCGAGGUCGAAUCCUCGGACACCAUUGAUAACGUCAAACAAAAGAUCCAAGACAAAGAGGGAAUCCCUCCUGACCAGCAGCGUCUAAUUUUCGCCGGUAAACAAUUGGAGGAUGGCCGCACCCUCGCCGAUUAUAAUAUCCAAAAAGAAUCAACCCUUCAUCUUGUGUUGCGUCUCCGUGGUGGCAUGCAAAUAUUCGUAAAGACCUUAACAGGCAAGACCAUCACCCUCGAGGUUGAAUCAUCCGACACCAUCGACAACGUUAAGCAGAAGAUUCAGGACAAGGAGGGGAUUCCCCCAGACCAGCAACGUCUUAUAUUCGCCGGUAAACAACUAGAGGAUGGUCGCACCCUCGCCGACUAUAACAUCCAGAAGGAAUCUACCCUUCAUCUCGUAUUGCGUCUACGUGGUGGUAUGCAAAUUUUCGUAAAGACCUUGACAGGCAAGACAAUAACACUCGAGGUCGAAUCCUCAGACACUAUCGACAAUGUCAAACAGAAGAUCCAGGAUAAAGAGGGCAUCCCUCCGGAUCAGCAACGUCUUAUAUUCGCAGGAAAGCAGCUCGAGGAUGGUCGUACGUUGAACGAUUAUAAUAUUCAAAAAGAGUCCACUCUUCAUUUGGUUUUGCGUCUUCGUGGUGGUAUGCAGAUCUUCGUCAAGACACUCACGGGCAAGACGAUAACGCUGGAGGUCGAGUCCAGUGAUACGAUUGAUAAUGUCAAGCAAAAAAUUCAGGAUAAGGAAGGUAUUCCUCCAGACCAGCAACGUUUGAUCUUCGCCGGCAAGCAGUUAGAAGAUGGUCGUACCUUGGCCGACUAUAAUAUUCAAAAGGAGUCUACCCUCCAUCUUGUUUUGCGUCUCCGUGGAGGUCAAUAG